UUUUGAUAAAAAAAAUUUAAUGUAGGGGUAUGGGUACAAUUGUAGGGGUAUAGGGUAAAAUUUUCUAACUCAAGAUUAUACAUACCAACACAGUCAUUUUAGGGUUUGGCUUGUUACGCAGCUAUGGGGAGGAGACCUGCUAGGUGUUACAGACAGAUCAAGAACAAGCCAUACCCAAAGUCACGUUUCUGUCGUGGUGUUCCUGAUCCUAAGAUCAGAAUUUAUGAUGUCGGCAUGAAGAAGAAAGGUGUUGACGAGUUUCCUUUCUGUGUGCAUCUUGUUAGUUGGGAAAAGGAAAAUGUAUCAAGUGAGGCAUUGGAAGCUGCUAGGAUUGCCUGCAACAAGUACAUGUCGAAAUUUGCCGGAAAGGAUGCAUUCCACUUGAGGGUCAGAGUGCAUCCGUUCCAUGUUCUUAGGAUCAACAAGAUGCUCUCGUGUGCUGGAGCUGAUAGGCUUCAGACUGGUAUGAGAGGAGCUUUUGGAAAGCCACUUGGAACAUGUGCUAGGGUUGCUAUUGGUCAGGUGCUUCUUUCCGUCCGAUGCAAGGACAACAAUAGCCAUCAUGCACAGGAGGCACUCCGUCGUGCUAAGUUCAAGUUCCCUGGUCGUCAAAAGAUCAUCGUCAGCAGGAAGUGGGGUUUCACCAAGUUUAACCGAGUCGAUUACCUCAAGUACAAAUCAGAGAACAGGAUUUUGCCUGAUGGUGUGAAUGCUAAGCUUCUUGGGUGCCAUGGACCAUUGGCGAAUCGUCAACCUGGGAGAGCUUUUAUUGAUGCUAGUACUCCUACUUCUUAGGUGGUCUGUUUUUUUGGAACAAUUGUCUUUCACUAUAAUAGUUGUGUAGGAUCGGUUUUGAAUCUCUAUAUCUUUUGCCUCUAACAUUAAUUCAUUUUUGCCUCUAACAUUAAAUCAUGCCAGAUUCUUUUUAGUAUUCGCGAAUUACCUUUACUAAAUCAUGCCGGAUUGUUUUUGUAUUCGCGAAUAACGACUGAAUGGCUCUUAAUAGUUUAAAUUUCUGUUGCUCUUA